AUGGCCGCCACCAAAGCCAUUAUGUCCAUGCGGCAGUGGGCGUUCCUCGAGCUCGGCAGCGCCAGCGCGCUGCACUUCGUGGCUAUGGCGAGCCAGAACGACCUUGACGCGAACAUGGAGUACAUCCGGCUGGCGGACUCCUUCGUCGAGGUUCCCGCUGGGAAGAAUACGUUCAACUACGCGAACGUCGAGCUGAUCGUCGACAUAGCCCGGAAGCAGGAGGUGGACGCCGUCUGGCCUGGGUGGGGCCACGCGAGCGAGAACCCAGCGCUCCCGAGGGCUCUGGCAGAAGCAGGCAUCGCGUUCCUGGGCCCCACCGCGCCCGUGAUGCACGCGCUCGGCGACAAGAUCGCGUCGACAAUCCUCGCCCAGUCCUCUGGGGUGCCCUGCAUCCCGUGGAACGGCGAGGGGAUCACCGCGACGAUCCAGAGCGACGGCAGCAUCCCACAGGAGCCCUUCGAGAGGGCAUGCCUGCAGUCCCUGCAGGAGGCCCGCGACCACGUCCGCCGCAUCGGCUACCCCGUGGUGCUGAAGGCAUCGGAGGGGGGAGGCGGCAAGGGCAUCCGGAAGUGCACCAACGACGAGGAGCUCCAGCUGGGCUGGGAGCAGGUCGAGGGUCGAGGGUCGAGGGUCGGGGGUCGGGGGUCGAGGAGGAGGGGCCCCGAGAUCCUGACGCCUCAACGAUUGCGAGCCGGGCGAUUGCGACCGCUCUCGGGCCACGGGACCCUGACAUAUUGA